CCCGCCAAGACCAGCCCGGCCUGGCGCGACAAGGUCCGCUACCGCGUCACCAACAACGUCAUCACCUCUGAAGUCGCCGGCAUGGUGAUCAACGGCAUGUGGGGCACCUCGUCCUCCGUGCCGCUCCUCAUCCAGCCCGACGGCAUCGACAGCCUCGAGCCGGACUACACGUGCACCUCCUCGACCGCCCAGUUCGACGACAUCGAGAGCGCCAACGACACAGCCUGGCAGGCCCACCUCGACGCCGCCGCGCCCCUGUACGCCGAGCUCGACGGCAUCUCGGGCGUCGCCGCCGACGACGAGGGCUUCCACGCCAGCUUCGACCACUACUACGACAACCUGUCGGCCCGCCAGUGCCAUGCACGCCCGCUGCCCUGCAAGCUGGUCAAUGCAACGACGAGCACCACCAGCGGCGGCGGCAGUGGUGUGGGGCUGGUGAACGACACGGCACAGUGUGUCACGCAGGACAUGGCGGACGAGGUGUACCGGCUGGGGAACUGGGAGUACAGCCGGAUCUACCGCGAUGCUGGGCCCGAGGCGCUGGCUGCGAGCGUGGGGUCGUUUGGGGUGUGGAUUGCGGAGCUGGCGGCGCAUCUGCGGACUGCUGUGAACGGGACGGCGGCAGCAGGAGGAGAGGGCGAACAAGUGCUUUGGUUCCAUAACGUGGCGCACGAUGGGAGCGUGAGCAGGCUGCUGGGGAUCUUGCAGGUGGACGUGAUGGUUUGGCCCGGGAUGGGGAGCGAGGUGGUCUUUGAGCUGUGGAAGGGGAAGAGCAGCACCACCACUUCUGUGACGGGGGGAGAGAAAUAUUACGUGAGGGUUCUCUGGGCCGGGAAGGUCUUGACCUCUUCGAACCCGAGCCUGGGCACGAUGGACAUGUUGCCUGUCGAGACGUUGCUUGCGUACUUUGACGGGCUUGCGGGUGUCAAUGCGAGCUUGAUUGUGGACAAGUGCGGCGCGUCGUCAUAGGUAGUGUCUCUCAAGUCCUAUAAAGCAUGGUAUCAUUUGUAUUUCAUAAUCAUUAUUUGUGCCUGGUGUUGCCCAACACCCAAC